UUUUAACAAAUAAAACACAAUAUAUAGCAUAUAUAUGGUUUAGUAAAAUUUAAACAGGAGUUGAUAAAUGAGGUAACAAUUACUAGUAAACGCGUUUAUUAAAGUCUAUGAGGGUCAAUGCACCAAAUUCACAUGCAACUAGUAGUAACUAAGAAAAAACUGUCAGAGCAUGGUUUAGAAUUUAGAUAUCACCAUUUUUGUCUUUUACUACUUCAACUUCAACUUCAUUAUCAGUUUCCCUCUUAUUCCUUCCACAAGUUUUUAGUCUUGUUUCAUUGUCACUGAGCUUGUUUCUUGCAAGAACAUACAAGAACGAUCAAGAACAUGAAUCUUUCUGCAGCCUUUUGGUUUGUAUCCGUGUGUUUCUUGUUUCUUAACUUGAGUUUGUGCUGCUAUUCUUUGAAUGAUGAAGGUAAUACUCUUUUGAAGUUGAAGGAGAGAAUAACCAGUGACCCUUUUGAUGCUUUGUCAACAUGGGUUGAUGAUGAAGCUUCUCUUGAUCCUUGUCAUUGGUUUGGAGUUGAAUGCGCAGAUAGAGAAGUUGUUGUCUUGAAUUUGAAAGACCUUUGCCUUGAAGGAACUCUAUCACCAGAGCUUAUGAACCUUGUUCACAUAAAAUCUAUUAUUUUAAGGAACAACUCUUUCUAUGGAACCAUACCUGAAGAAAUUGUAGGCUUAAAAGAAUUGGAGAUUUUGGAUUUAGGAUAUAACAACUUCAGUGGACAUCUAGAUGCUAAUUUUGAGCAUAGUAUCUCAUCACUAGCAAUUCUUUUGCUAGACAACAAUGAGCACCUUGCUGGUUUCUCUCCGAAAAUCAAUGAACUGAAAAUGCUUUCUGAGUGUCAAGUAGAUGAAAACCAGUUAACCAAUGCAGCUAACAUGGCGUCUUGUUCAGAAAGAUCCAUCAAAUGGCAUGUUCACGAAAACGAAGGUCCUAGGAGCCUGCUGGAACAUCACAAACUACAUCGUCCUCCUUAUCAUUACCAUCGUAAUCAUACUUCGCCUCUCUAUAGACCUUCUCCUUCACAUUCCCCAUCGGUCGCAGCACCACCACCGGUCCCGAGUCUAGACUCUCCUGAUCAAAAUGCUUCUGAUUCUCCAAAUCAAAAUGCCUUAGAUUCUCCGGAUCAAAAUGCUUCGGAUUCUCCUCCUCAAAGCAUAGCAUCAAAGAAGAAUCAAGUGCCUAUUUUUGCCGGAGUUAUUAUCGGCAGUGCUGUGUUUCUUGUUAUUUCAACCAUUGGUAUAUAUCUUUGUAAAACCAACAAGGUAUCUAUUGUUAAACCUUGGACUACUGGAAUAAGUGGACAGCUUCAGAAAGCACUUGUGACAGGUGUGCCAAAGCUAAAGAGAAUAGAUCUUGAAGCAGCAUGUGAAGAUUUUAGCAAUGUAAUCGGUAAUUCCCCAAUCGGUACAUUGUACAAAGGAACUUUAUCUAGUGGAGUUGAAAUUGCUGUAGCUUCUGUUUCUAUGACAUUAUCCAAGACUUGGACAAAGAAUUUAGAAGCUCAGUUCAGGAAGAAGAUAGACAUAUUAUCAAAAGUGAAUCACAGGAAUUUUGUCAAUCUUAUUGGAUAUUGUGAAGAAGAAGAACCUUUCACCAGAAUGUUGGUUUUCGAAUAUGCACCAAAUGGGACGCUAUUCGAGCAUUUACACGUAAAAGAAGCCGAGCAUUUGAACUGGGGACCGAGACUUAGAAUUGCGACAGGAAUGGCUUACUGCCUACAAUACAUGCAUGGACUGGACCCUCCUGUGGCCCUUAUCAACCUGAGUUCUUCAACUGUCCAUUUAACUGAUGAUCAUGCAGCAAAAAUCUCGGAUUUGAGUUUCUCCCACGAAAAAGAUUCAUCUGAAAAGAAACCUGAUGGUAGAAAAGACAUUGAUAUAGAUAUGAUGGAUUCAACAAGUAGAGCGAGUAAUGUUUACAGCUUUGGUGUUUUGUUAUUCGAGAUAGUAACUGGUCGAAUUCCUUAUUCGGUUGAUAACAGUUCAGCUGAAAACUGGGCAUCACAUUAUCUAAAAUGGGACAAACCUCUCGAGGAAAUGGUGGAUGCAACUCUAGCAUCUUACCAAGAAAAUCAGGUGGAACAAGUUGCUGAGUUGAUAAAAGAUUGUGUGGAUCCUGAUUCGGAGAAGAGACCGAGAAUGAAUGAAGUGAGUGAGAGAUUGAGAGAGAUAACGAAAAUGUCGCCUGAAUUUGUAGUUCCUAAACUUUCUCCACUUUGGUGGGCUGAGCUUGAGAUCUCUUCUGCAUAAGCAUGUUGAAAUUGAAAUCAAUGAAUGAAUUAGAUUGUAGUUUGUAAUUAAGUAUGAGAGGUUUUAGCAUUUUCAUGAGUUUUAAUUUGUUUAAGGUACAAAAAAGUUGUUACUUGUUGUGUAAACUAUUAUAGGAUGGUUGAUCUCAGAAAACAUUUUAUAAGAAUGAGAUAAAAAAAAUGUAUAGUAAAGUUCUUUUUAGGUGCUUAGUUUUUUCUAGAAGAAAGACCUGAGUCUGAGA